GUAGAGUUAACAGGCAGAAAGCAUUUAGGAAUAUCUCAAAAAUGGCACUACGAACCCUAGUGAGCAGACGGACCUUAGCAACAGGGCUAGGGUUCCGCCAGCAACUCCACGGCUUCCAGACCUUUUCGCUCCCCGAUCUCCCCUACGACUAUGGAGCACUGGAGCCGGCAAUUAGCGGUGACAUAAUGCAGCUCCACCACCAGAAGCAUCAUCAGACUUACGUCACCAAUUACAAUAAAGCCCUUGAACAGCUACAUGACGCCAUUUCCAAAGGAGAUGCUCCUACCGUCGCCAAAUUGCAUACCGCUAUCAAAUUCAACGGCGGAGGUCACAUUAACCACUCGAUUUUCUGGAAGAAUCUUGCCCCUGUCCGCGAGGGUGGUGGUGAGCCUCCAAAGGGUUCUCUUGGUUGGGCUAUCGACACUAACUUUGGCUCCCUAGAAGCUUUAGUUCAAAAGAUGAAUGCAGAAGGUGCUGCUUUACAGGGCUCUGGCUGGGUGUGGCUUGGUGUGGACAAAGAGCUUAAGCGCCUGGUGAUUGAAACCACUGCUAAUCAGGACCCAUUGGUUUCUAAAGGAGCAAAUUUGGUUCCUCUUCUGGGAAUAGACGUUUGGGAACAUGCAUACUACUUACAGUACAAAAAUGUAAGACCUGAUUAUCUGAAGAACAUAUGGAAAGUUAUGAACUGGAAAUAUGCAAAUGAAGUUUAUGAGAAAGAAUGUCCUUGAACAGGGAUAUUUGAUGCUGUUUUGAGGACAUGUCUGUAAAACUUUUUGAUGGGAAAUAAGGCUGAGUGACAUGAGCAGGUGUCCUGUUUUUCUUAUGUGUAGUCGCUGGUUGAUGUACUUGAUGUAUUUCUGGAAAAGGUUGAUGUAUGUACUUGAUAUAUGGAGCCUAAAUAAAACUACUCUAUCGUUUGAGCGCAACUCUUUGGAUAUCAGUUUAUCCAAAUAGUAUCACUUGUAAAAGCCGUUGCUGGGUUUACAGAGCAUCUGUCUUAGCAGCCUCUUCUGUGUAUUCAGAUUGAUUUAAUGUAUUACUUGAACAAGUCCAAUUUUUCCGCAACCUA